CAGCCGGCAAUUCGCAUUCGACCGACGUCUUGGUUUAAAGAGUCUCGGGGACAAGACUUUUUGAUGAUGACUUGACUUCUGCCGACUGGAGUGAGCCGCGGCCUCAGGCAGCACGUACGAAAGCAUAUACGAGAAUAAGCUAGAAGAAUUAGCGUGAAAUACGUGGAAUAAUUGUAAAGGAAGAAUAAUAAAGAAGAAGAAGAAGAAGAAGAAGACGAUUUAUUAGCGGCUAAAUGAGAGAUAGAGAAAGAUAUACCGCUGGAAGAGGAUUUAAUUAAUUAUUUACGAAUCGAUUAAUCGCGAGUGACACGAGGAUCCCUGUAUAUUGCCUUUUUGCUCCGUUCUCUUUCUUUUCUUUUUCGCGGUUUUUAAUUUUCGCCUGUUCCUCUUGCCUUUUUUUGUUGUUGUUGAGUGCCCAGUGAGGGAAGUUUGUACGACGUUCUUCGUAAGUACACUCGGCUGAAAGGGAUAAGAGACACCAAGGAAGACGAGAGAAAGUACGCCUCGCGUUACGUUUUUGUGAUCGACCAAACGAAGCAUCGAAAACGAUCUUUCAAACGACUUGGAUUCCUUCGAUUGAUCCAAGAUGAAGCGACAAACGUCUCAGCAGCAGCAGCAGCAGCAACAGCAGCAGCAGCAGCAGCAGCAGCAGUCAGUGAUGCAGCAACAACAGCAGCAGCAAACGAUCACGCAACAACAACAGCAGCAAUACAUGCAACAGAGGACCGAACGACAGGUCACUCGGCAGCAAAUCACCAGUCAGCAGAGAGUUCAAGGGGAGAUUGUGAUGCAGUCGACGCCCAUGGUACCAACAUUUACCGGCAGACCAGGCGAUCCAUCGCCACCGGUCUUCGAACAGAUCUUCAAGAACGCCCGAUUCGCGCAGGGUGGAAACGCAAUUUUCGAGGGUCGUGUGAGAGGAAACCCGAAGCCCACCGUAUCCUGGACCCACAAGGGUGCACCGUUAUUAGAAUCAUGGAAAAUACGAAUGUCUUACGACGACAAAACCGGUGCAGUAACCCUUCAAAUUAAUCAAAUCGGCCCUGGAGAUGAGGGUGAAUACACGUGCAGUGCAAAAAACCAAUACGGCGAAGCAAUCUGCUCCGUUUACAUUCAGCCAGAAGGAUUUGGACCCCCACCGCAACAGCAAAUGGGAAGUUACAGAAAGGAAUACGCACAAACCUUCCAGUCCACCGAACAGAAGUCUCAAACAGGAACACAAAGCUUCCAACAGCGUAGUUAUCAACAAACAAUCGACAAACGAAGCUAUGUUAAUGGAACUUCCACCAGCAUCGAAGAUUUCAAGGUGGACACCUUCGAGUACAGACUGUUGCGGGAAACAGAGUUUCGAGAGUCGAUUACUCGCCGUUUCGUGGGCGAAUCCGACGUGCAGAUUUCGACGGUGGUAGAUCGUAACCUGGGACCGGUUGCACCUCCGCAAAUCACGCAGAAGCCCAGAAACUCGAAGCUCGUCGAGGGAUCGGACGCCGUUUUCACUGCGAAAAUCUCCGGCAACCCGAAACCAAGAUUAACUUGGUUCAAAAACGGCCAGAGGAUCCGCGAAUCACAACGCGUGGAGAUGAGCUACUCGAACCAACAAGCCUCCUUAAGGAUCAGAGUCGCUUUGCCGGAAGACAGCGGCCAUUACACUUUGCUAUCCGAGAAUCCUCAGGGUUGCACCGUCAGCUCUGCGUAUCUGGCGAUCGAAUCCAGCGAUCAAGUCGAUCAAGCUUACCAAUCUCAAAGAGAAACGGUGAAAACUCAGCAAGUCGAAUCGACCGGCGAAUCUGACUCUGGAAAAGUUCUGCCACCGAAUUUCGUUCGCACCUGCAGCGAUCGUGAUGCCACCGAAGGAAAAAUGACUAGGUUUGAUUGUCGCGUAACCGGCCGCCCGUAUCCUGAAGUGACGUGGUACAUAAACGGCCAACAAGUGGCCAACGACCUGACCCACAAGAUCCUCGUGAACGAGUCUGGUAACAACUCGCUGAUGAUCACGAACGUGAGCCGCGCGGACGCCGGCGUCGUGACCUGCGUCGCUAGAAACAAGGCAGGCGAAACCUCGUUUCAGUGUAAUUUGAACGUGAUCGAGAAGGAGCAAGUAGUCGCGCCGAAAUUCGUGGAACGAUUCACCACGACGAACGUGAAAGAGGGAGAACCGGUUGUUUUCAUGGCUCGCGCUGUUGGCACUCCUGUACCUCGUAUCACCUGGCAGAAGGAUGGAGUACCGAUAACACCUGGACCGGAUGUGCGUAUAUUGACAGAUGGUAGCGGAGCAUCAACUUUAGAUAUACCCUGCGCAAAAUUGUCGGAUGCAGCUUGGUACCAGUGCACGGCGCAGAAUGUAGCCGGCUCUACUGCUACCAGAGCUCGGCUCUUCGUGGAAACACCGAAAGGAGCAGCCCCAGAACCAAGACGCCUGAACUUACCCCGACCGACGAAAGUCAUCGAACCAGAACCAGCGCCUGGCCCCGAAGUGAUUUAUUUGAGACACGUGGAACGCGCCAAACCGUAUUUGCCUCCACCUGAGGAAGAUAGAGUUUAUCCACCACCACGUUUCAUCAUACCAUUGAAGGACGUCCAUCAGAUCGAGGGUGGACGAAUUCACUUCGAGGCCAGAAUCGAACCGGUGGGCGAUCCCACUAUGAGGGUAGAGUGGUAUGUCAAUGGAAGAGCUCUCGAUGCGAGUUCCCGGGCGACUUCUAUCUUCCGAUUCGGCUUCAUCUCUCUCGACUUGAUCAGCAUCGUUCUUCAAGAUAGUGGCGAAUAUUUAUGCCGCGUUGUAAGUUCGACUGGAGUCGCCGAAUCUCGAGCUACCCUCAGCGUGACACCACGCGCAACAAUCGAACAAGCCAGCCAACACCCCGACAGUCUCCAGUACAUUCAACAGCUCGAGGAUUACAGCAAGUAUCAAAGGCAGGAGAGUGUGGAGGAGAUCUCUCCUCAGCGGCCGGCCUUCAUCCGACCACUCCAGGAUCUAGGAGAGCUACAGGAAGGUCGUAACGCCCAUUUUGAGGCGCAACUGACCCCUGUAAGCGAUCCCACGAUGAAAGUGGAGUGGUACAAGGAUGGUAGGCCGAUCACAGCCAGCUCAAGAAUCACAACCAUCUUCAACUUCGGGUACGUCUCGCUCAAUAUAUUGCACCUACGAGCUGAAGAUGCAGGUUCUUAUACCGUGAGAGCUGUGAACCGCUUGGGAGAGGCCGUCAGCUCCGCAUCUCUCCGUGUUUUUGCACGCACAAGCGUUACUUCAGACCUGGGAAUCCCCGAGCAACAGAGGUACAUCGAGGCUGCCGAGGAAUUGGAAGCUUAUCAACAGGCCAUGCACCAGAAAUACGUACAGGAGCAGCCUGAACCGACUAGCCCACCGGAAUUCAAAUCCCCUAUCAAGGAUCAGAACAGCAUUCGAGAAGGAGGAUUUGCUCAUUUCGAAGCACGUCUAGAACCAGUCGGCGAUUCUGACUUGAGAGUCGAAUGGCUCAAGGAUGGACGCCCUGUAGAAGCAAGUUCACGAAUCACAACAUUCUUCAACUUCGGUUACGUGGCACUAACCAUCAAAUACGUAACCAUUCACGACGUCGGUGUAUACACCUGUCGCGCUUACAACCGCGUUGGCGAAGCUCACACGACAGCUCAGUUGAGCGUGAUCAGCAAGAACGACGUUAUCUAUGACAGUCAACAUCCCACUGGACUUCAGAAGAUCCAGACUUUGGAAGAUUCCAGUAGAUACUCGCGACAGGUCCAGGAAGAAACGCAAGUAACUCAAGCACCGCGAUUCCUAGGCAACCUGAAAGGUACCAACAAGAUCGUGGAAGGUCAACGAGCUCACUUCGAGGCUCGUGUCGAGCCUCAGAGCGAUUUAACCAUGACCAUCGAGUGGUACCACAAUGGAAAACCUAUCACUGCUGCGAACAGAAUCCAGACCUAUCACGACUUUGGAUACGUGUCUAUAGACAUUCUUCAGGUCAGACCAGAGGACGCUGGUACUUACACCGUCGUCGCUAGAAACGCUCUUGGAGAGGCUCGACUGUCUGCCACCAUGAUCGUUGAAACACGUUCAAGCGUAGAUACCAGCAGUAUGCACCGCACUUCCUACGAGAAGACACAGCGUCUCGAGGAAUCGAAAUUCGUCGAGCCUCAGUAUCACAUCGAAGAAAUUUCAAAAUCGAAGCCCAUUUUCGUCCAACCACUGAGUGAUCCUAAACCAGUGAGCGAAGGCAAGAACAUCCAUUUGGAAUGCCGUUUGGAACCCAUGGGCGACCCAACGAUGAGAGUCGAAUGGUUCCAAAAUGGUCGACCAGUUACCGUUGGCUCCAGAUUUAGAACUUAUUAUGACUUCGGCUUUGUCGCUUUGGACAUCGUUCAUUCGACUGUCCUCGACUCUGGAGAAUACACUGUUAGAGCUACCAAUCAUCUUGGCACUGCUCAUACCUCAGCCUGCGUCAGAGUAAUCGGAAAAUCCGACAUAGUUACGGAAACUCAGCACGAACAAUCACUAGAGCAGAUUCAAAUGCUCGAAGAUUCGGCAAGGUCCCGGAAAACCCAACAGGAGGAUGUAACAGUAAUGCAGGCGCCACAAUUUACUCGGCCCUUGCAUAAUAUCGAAACAGUAGAACUGACCAACGUUCAUCUUGAGUGUCGUCUUCAGCCAGUUGGCGAUUCGUCCAUGAAAGUGGAUUGGUUCGUCAAUGGAAGACCAGUAAAAACUGGUCACAGGUUCAGACCAUCGUACGAAUUUGACUACGUCGCUCUUGACAUCCUCGGUGUUUAUCCCGAGGACUCUGGCGUGUACACCUGCCAAGCAAGAAAUCAGCUGGGCGAAGCAGUCACUUCCUGUUCUGUCCGAGUGCACGCGAAGAAAGACCUGCUCCUGGAGUCUCAACAUCCAGAAGGUUUGGAACGAAUACAAUACUUAGAGGAUGCUUCCAGAUACAAGAGACAAGAACUCGUGGAUGAAGUGGUCAAUGUCAAACCGAGAUUUAUUACGGCUCCAAAGAACCAGGAGAAUCUUCGAGAAGGACAACACGCCCACUUCGAAUGCAAAUUGGAACCUGUGACAGACUCAAAUUUGAAGGUUGAGUGGUUUAAGAAUGGUCGUCCGGUUACAAUAGGACACCGAUUCCGUCCGAUACACGAUUUUGGCUACGUUGCUCUGGACGUGAUCGACCUAAUCGCCGAGGACUCAGGUACUUACACCUGUCGCGCUGUCAACCUCGUUGGCAGUGACGAAGUAUCCUGCACUCUAUCCUGUCGAUCGACUGCCCAAGUUUUAACGGACACUCAGAACGAGCUCGGCCUCGAACAAAUUCAUUAUCUCGAGGACAGAUCUAAAUACCAACGAAGAGAAGAUAUCGAAGAAACGACCACCCAGGCCCCGAUCUUCACUACUUCCCUGAACAACGUGGAGAUCAAAGAAGGUCAAAGAGCUCACUUCGAGUGCAGAUUGAUACCCGUGUCCGAUGCAACGAUGAAGGUCGAAUGGUUCCAUAAUAACAAGCCUGUGAAAGCUGGCUCGAGGUUCGUCGAGACCAACAGCUUUGGUUUCGUGGCAUUGGAUAUCAUGUACGCCUAUCCAGAAGACUCUGGUACUUACACCUGCCGAGCAAAGAACAUCAUUGGAGAGGCGAUCACUUCGGCAACUGCGACUGUGCACUCAAAGAAAUCGAUUUACACGGAAACUCAGAACGAAGAGACCCUCCAACGCAUUCAUUACCUGGAGGACACCUCGCGAUACCAACGCAAGACCACCACAGAGGAAAUCAUCACCCAAGCCCCAGUCUUCACUAUGCCUAUCAAGGACUUAAAAGUCGCCGAAAAUCAAGCGGCUCAUUUCGAGGCUCGCGUGAUUCCUGUUGGCGAUUCCAAAUUAAAGGUUGAAUGGCUACGAAAUGGAGUGCCAAUCGCAGCUUCCAAUCGCGUGACAACAAUGCACGAUUUCGGAUACGUCGCUCUGAACAUGAAGUACGUCAAUCCUGAAGACUCAGGUACCUACACUUGCCGUGCAGUAAAUGAUCUUGGAGAGGCUGUAACCUCAGCGACACUCUUCGUUCAAUCCAAGGCGGCCCUGCAAUUCGAGUCGCAGCACGAGAGCGCGUUGUCGAAGAUCCAGGCGCUGGAGGACACCAGCAGAUACCAACGACGCGAAGAAGAAGAAAUCGUGGUAAAGGAGAAACCAUCAUUCACGGUCCAACUGAACGGACCUACCAGCCUAGUCGAGGGUCAAAGCGCACACUAUGAGUGCCGUAUCGAGCCCUAUCCCGACCCGACCAUGAAGGUGGAGUGGUUCCAUAAUGGCAAACCACUGUCCACCGGUCACAGGUACAGAACCACUUGUGACUUUGGAUUCGCCUCGUUGGACGUGCUCACUGUGUACGCGGAGGACUCUGGUACCUAUACCUGCCAGGCCACCAAUAGACUGGGAUCGGCGAAGAGUUCGAUCAAUCUUGACGUGAAAUCUCGUGCCUCGAUUAUUCGCGAAACGCAACACGAAAGUGCCCUGAAGAAAAUACAGUACCUAGAAGACGACUCGCGUUACAAACGCGUGGACCAGGAAGACUUGAUCAUCGCCGAGAAACCGAAAUUCGGACGCCCAUUGAAGAACAUAGAACACCUGCCAGAAGGCAAGAGCGCUCACCUCGAGGCGACUUUGACACCUGUCAACGAUCCCACUAUGGUGGUAGAAUGGUACAGAGAUGGUAGACCAAUCCCUCAGGGUCACAAGUUCAAGACUACCUACGACUUUGGCUACGUCGCUCUCGAUAUUCUUUAUGCCUAUCCCGAAGACUCUGGAACCUACAUGUGCAAGGCUAGAAAUGCUGUUGGCGAGGCUGUUACUACUUGUGUCAUCAGCGUUGACUCGAAACAAGGCCUAUAUUUGGACACAUUAGACGCUCAGCGUUUGCAGAAAAUUCGCGAGCUAGAAACAGUGGAAGUGAAACAAGAGGUUGAAAAAGAGGUUAUACACCAGAAGCCCGUAUUCUUGACGCCUUUGAACAACCUGGAUCACCUAAAAGAAGGUGAACAUGCUCACUUGGAAUGCCGCGUCGAACCUAUCAACGAUCCAAAUCUAAAGAUAGAAUGGUUCGUGAAUGGAGUUGCUGUAAGAACAGGCCAUCGCUUCCGCAAAACACACGAUUUCGGUUAUGUGGCUCUUGACAUUCUUUAUACCUACCCUGAAGAUGCUGGUACUUACAUGUGCAAGGCUACCAACUUGGCUGGCGAGGCUGUCAACACGUGUACCAUCAAAGUUGGCUCUCGCCGCAGUAUCCUAUUAGACACUCAACAUCCAGAUGGUCUCGAGAAAAUCCGUGAACUCGAGGCUCAAGGCCGUCCAGCACGUUUAGAAGUCGAAGAACCACCAGUGACACCACCCAGAUUCGUCACUGAGCUCAGGGGUACCACCGAGGUGUACGAAGGACAAACGGCCCACUUCGAGUGCCAAGUGGAGCCUCUUCACGAUGCCAACUUGAGGAUCGAAUUCUUCCAUAAUGGCAAGCCUCUGCCAUCGGCUUCCAGGUUCCACGUGACGUUUGACUUUGGAUACGUGGCUCUGGAUAUCGGCCACGCCGUUCCUGAAGAUGCAGGAGAAUAUUCCGUACGAGCUAUUAACGCUCUUGGCCAAUGCGUAUCUUCGAUCGAGCUGAAGGUUAUUCCAAGGGACAGCAUUAUACUGGACUCUCAACGACCUGAAGGAAUGGAUAAAAUCCGCGAAUUGGAGGCUCAGCAACCUUGGAAGAGACCGGAUGUACCGGAACCACAAACUAAACAGAGACCAGUCUUCACUCAACCAUUGCAGAACAUCGAUGCCAUUCCCGAAGGACACACUGCACAUUUCGAGUGCAGGUUGAUCCCCGUAGGAGAUCCCACGUUGAAGGUCGAGUGGUUCAGAAAUGAAAUCCCACUUGAGACAAGUUCACGAAUCACCAAAGUCCACGAUUUCGGAUACGUAUCAUUGGAUAUCAGUCACGUGAGAGAGGAAGAUGAAGGUGUCUACAUGUGUCGCGCUACCAACCCACUUGGUGAAGCAGUCACCACUGCUUCGAUGAAGAUAAGAAGCAAAGCAAGCAUUCAAUUAGACACCCAACACCCCGAAGCGCAACGUAAGAUCGCCCAACUUGAAGCUGACAAACCAAGUCGUCCAGAAGAACCAGAGAAAGUAUUCGACAAACCCAUCUUCACCCAAUUAUUGACUGGACCCACCGAGCUCUGGGAGGGUCAAAUGGCUAGAUACGAAUGCAGAGUCGUCCCAGUUGGCGAUGCCAGUUUGAGAUUCGAGUGGUACAUAAACGGAGUCGAAUUGAAGAUGGGAUCUCGGUUCCACGUAAGUCACGAUUUCGGCUACGUGACCCUGGACAUCUUGAAAGUCAUCUCGGAGGAUUCCGGUGUGUACACCUGCAAGGCGAUCAACAAAGCCGGCGAAGCAGUUUCCUCGAUAUCCUUGAAGGUGAAAACGCGCUCGGCCAUCGAUGCUGACAGUCUGCAACCGGAUGCAUGGCAGAAAAUCCAAUUGAAAGAAGCUGAGAUGAACAAAGUACCAGAGAUGUUCGUCGACACGACGCCCCAACAAGCACCGGUCUUUACCAAACACCUCGAAAGCUACGACAAACUCGUGGAAGGUCAACACGUAUAUCUGGAAGCUCAAGUAGAACCUAGAGCAGACCCGAACCUUCGUGUGGAAUGGUUCAAGAACGGAGUGUCUCUCCAAACUGGAACCAGACUCCGAAGCACCUUCGACUUUGGUCUUGUCACUCUGUCCAUCAAUGGUUUAAGACCCGAUGAUUCCGCCAUCUACACCUGCAAGGCUACUAACCUGCUUGGAGAAGCUGUCCAUGUCACCUCAGCGGAACAGCCAGAACCAGUUUACGAAGAACCAGUGUUCAUCACGCAUUUGAACAACGUAGAAUGCGUAGAAGGUGACAAUGCUCACUUCGAGUGCAACGUGGAGCCAUCCAAAGACCCCACGAUGAAGAUCGAGUGGUUUAUCAAUGGCAAACCCCUUCCAACUGGGGCAAGAUUCAAGUCUACUUACGAUUUCGGCUAUGUCGCUUUGGACAUUAAUCAUGCAUACGAGGAAGAUUCAGGAGUGGUCAUUGUCAAGGCUACGAAUUCCAAGGGAUCAGCCCAGACAUCUGGUACUCUGAAGUGCACCAGCAAACAGAACAUCUAUUUACAAACACAACAUCCUCAGGGAGAAGCUGGCUUGGAGAAGGUCAAGGAAGCCGAAGAUGCUUACUUGUCUAAAUACAAGAGACCAGAUGCUGGCCCAGAACACGAAUAUCCUAAACCAAUUUGGACAGUACCAUUGCAGCCAGAGUUCAAACUGGGUGAAUCUGAACCACUUCAUCUCGAAGGUCAGGUAGAACCCAAAGACGAUCCGAACCUAAAGAUCGAGUGGUACUUCAACGGAAAAGCCCUGGAACAUGGAUCCAGGUUCAAAAUGACCAGUGACUUUGGAUUCGUCACGUUAGACCUUACCGAUGUAUACGAUCGUGAUUCAGGAAUUUAUACCUGCAAGGCUUGGAAUAAGGCAGGAGAAGCCUUCACGUCGACAACGAUCUAUUGUUCGACCAAGGAGAAUAUCAUCGAAAGAUCGCAACAUCCAAAGGGCAAGGAAGGUCUCGAAGCAAUCCAAGACCUUGAAGAAUCCUUGAAGAAACAAGAAGGAGCUCCACCAGAAAGCGAGGAAGGUCACCCACCUGUGUUCACGUCUCAGUUCGAGAACUUGACCAACCUGUCUGAAGGAGAGAUCGCUCACUUUGAAGCAUCUCUAACUCCAACUGGUGACCAGACAAUGGUCGUCGAAUGGUUCUACAAUGGCAAAGCAUUAGAUGCCAGUCAUCGCACAAGAACAGUCUACGCUUUUGGAAUGGUCGUUCUCGAGGUCCUAGGAACCAAGAUAGAAGAUUCUGGCACCUACUCCUGUAGGGCUACCAACAAAUGGGGCCAGGCUGAGAUCAGUGUGGAACUAGAGUGUGUUGACAAGUCCAAAGGACAGAAACCUAAGUUCACAACGCACAUUCAGUCCCUGGAGGGUCUGAAGGAUGGCCAGUCCGCUCACUUCGAGUGCACUCUGAUCCCUGUAGGAGAUCCUCACAUGAAGGUAGAAUGGUUCCACAAUGGACAACCUCUGAGACACUCUUCCAGAUUCAAGAUGGUGUCCGACUUUGGAUUCGUUGUGAUGGACAUUGCCGGUGUGAUGGCCCAUGACACCGGAGAAUACGUGUGCAAGGCUAGCAACAAAUAUGGUGAAGAUUUCACCAAAGCCACUCUGAAGUGCUUCGGAAAGAGGGGAGUAUACCUCGAUUCUCUGCAGCCUGAUUCUUUAGCCAGAAUCAGAGAACUGGAAAGCUAUGGUGGAGAACAACCUGCCACACCGACGACACCAGUUGCUGAACCACCUAAAUUCAUCACGCAGAUUUCUGACAUCACGAAAUUAGUAGAGGGACAGUCUGCUCACUUUGAAGCCAGACUUACACCUGUCAAUGACCCAGACUUGAAAGUCGAAUGGUACUACAAUGGCAAGAAGCUGCCUCAUGGACAUAGAUACAGGACCUUCCACGACUUUGGUAUAGUCAUUUUGGAUAUAUUGUAUUGUUACGAAGAGAACUCUGGUGUUUACGAGUGCAGAGCUUUCAACAAAUAUGGAGAAGACACUACCAAAGCAACCUUGAAGUGCUACUCCAAGUCAAGCCUUAUUUUGGAAUCUCAACUUCCCAAAGGAAUGGAAGGUGGAUUGGAGAAGAUCCAGACUUUGGAGGACUCGUUGAUCCGCACUAAAGAUGAGAAGGUUGUCGAAGAACGAGGAAAGGCUCCUGUGUUCACUGUACCACUGAGCAACAUCGAUGGCCUACGUGAGGGCGAAAGCGCGCACUUUGAAGCUAGACUUACUCCCACUGACGAUCCAAAAUUAAAGGUCGAAUGGUUCUGGAAUGGAAAACCACUGCGAACCGGCUCUCGUUUCCGCACCUUCUGCGACUUUGGCUUCGUGAUCCUCGAGAUCUCGCCUAUCUAUCCCGAAGACUCCGGCGAGUACAGCUGCCGAGCAACGAACGAGUAUGGCGAAGCUGUGACCACCUGCACCAUGAAGUGCACAGGAAAACGAAGCAUUAUACUGGAAUCCCAGUUACCAAAGGGUAUGGAAGGCACCAUUGACAAGAUCGCUGAGCUAGAAGGUCUUGGAAACGAGCCAGGACAAGCGAUUCCUGACGACGACACCGGAAAACCACCGGAAUUCAUCACCACACCAUCCGAUUUGACUCUAACCGAGAACUCCUUGGCGCACUUCGAGUGCCGAUUGACGCCAAUCAACGAUUCCAGCAUGAGAGUCGAAUGGUUCCACAACGGAAAGCCUCUUCUGGCAGGAACCAGGAUCAAGACGAUCCACGACUUUGGCUUCGUCAUUCUGGAAGUGGCUAAUUGCUACCAACGAGACUCUGGUCUGUACACUUGCAAGGCGACCAAUCGCCAUGGCGAAGCCACUGUGUCAUGCAAGCUGCAAGUCCGUGGACGUCAAGGAAUCAUCCUGGAACCUCAACUGCCGACCAACUUCAAAACUGGAACGGAGAGCAUUCAGAAAUUAGAAGAGGCUUUGUAUAAAAAGGACGAGAUUCUGACUGAAGAGGAGACACCAAAUCCUCCCAAGUUUACUGUGGAACUGAAGGAUAUCGAAGUGGAGGAAGGAGCACCCAGUCACUUCGACUGCAGAGUCGAACCUGUUGGAGAUCCUACGAUGCGCAUCGACUGGUUCCACAAUGGAAGAUCGUUUGCUACGGGAUCACGUGUACACCAGAUCAACGACUUUGGAUUUAUUUCAUUGGACAUGUCGUACACUUAUGCUAGGGACAGCGGUGAAUACGUUUGCAGAGCGACGAACAAGUGGGGCUCUGCUACUACCAAAGCUACCAUAACCUGUAAAUCUAAAAAGACCAUAGAUUUCGACUCACAGCUACCCUCAGGCAUGAGUGGCGAGAAACUGAAAGAGUUAGAACGUGGACCAGUUAGUGAGCCACCUGCUGAAGAGCCACCACGUCAACCACCAAGAUUCAUCACGCAGAUUCAAUCAGCAACCGUUGAUGAGUCCGAACCGGUCAGGUUCGAGUGUCGCGUGGAACCAAAAGAUGAUCCAAAUCUGCGUAUAGAGUGGUACAGAAACGGAAAAAUGAUCCCAGCUGGGCAUAGGUAUAGAACAAUGUACGACAUGGGAUUCGUAUCUAUGGAUAUUUUGUACGUCUACCCUGAGGACUCUGGAGAAUACGUGUGCAAAGCUAUCAAUGAUCUUGGCGAGGACACCACUAGGGCAUCCGUAUCAUGUAAAAGGUUGCCCAACAUUAUCCUGCAGAAUCAAGUACCAAAGGGUAUGAAGAAGUCGGAAGCGUUGAUGCAAAUGGAAGCCACCAUCAAGAAAUACACCUCGGAAGUCCACCUCACAGAGGAUGACCUGUACGAUGCGGACAAGAAACAGCCACCACGUUUCGUCACUCAGAUCCAAGAUCAAACCGAAUUGGUCGAGAUGAACAGUACCAAAUUCGAGUGUCAACUGGCACCUGUCGGUGAUCCAAACAUGAGAGUCGAAUGGUUCUUCAAUGGCAAGCCUCUGCCACACAAGAAUAGAUUCACUCCUAUUUACGACUUUGGCUACGUGGCCAUGAACUUCGGCUGGGUCUACCCCGAAGACAGCGGCGAAUAUCUUUGCAGGGCCACGAAUCUUUACGGAUUCGACGAAACACGGGCAGUGAUACGAACAGCUGGCAAGCCUGGAAUUAUUUACGAGUCGCAACUACCAAAGGGCAUGAAGAGUAUCGAGAAAAUCAGAGAGAUGGAAGCUGCAUGGCAAAUAGUACCUGAGGAAGAGGGCGAAGAAGAGAAGGUGCGCGCACCUCCAACGUUCGUGAGCAAACCUGAGCCAGUGACCGUCGAAGAGGGUGAUUGGUCUAGGUUCUGUUGUCGUGUCACUGGUCACCCAAGACCACGUGUUAUGUGGAUCAUCAAUGGACACACUGUGGUCAAUGGAUCGCGUUAUAAACUAACUUACGACGGCAUGUACCAUCUGGACAUCCCCAAAACGAGGCAAUACGAUCAUGGAAAGGUCGAAGUGAUCGCUAGAAGCUCUGUAGGCGAAGCACGCACCGAAACCACUUUGACAGUGAAACCAAGGAGCGACGAUUAUCGCGGUGUCCUGAAGAACUCACCGAGACCUUGGUAUGAUUACGGGCUGACCCAAUACCAAACGGAGCGACAGAACACAGAACUCGAGAAAGUUUUCGACGAAAGGCACCAUAACAUAAGCCAGGGCGUCGAGAUCGCCACGGAACACCUUGGACAAAAGGUUUACAAGGAACCAGAGACUGAAUGGCAGAAGUCCGUGAAAAGUAAGAAGAACGAGGACUAUUACACCAAACUCAUGACUCUCGAGGAAGAACAGGUCCUGAAGGAGAGCAGGCUGAGGGAAGCUACCCACCAAUUCGCUAUACCUGGCGAGAAGGUCGUGUCUCAUUCUGUGGCCAAGGGAAUGGCCCAACAGUAUGAAGAGACCUUGGAAGAUAAAAAGGAAGAAAAGACCCAGGAGACCACGCAGACAACUACUAAAUCCAUGAAGAAACCAUACACAACAGAAGUGGACAUUGACGUAGAACGCGUGAAAGGGAAGUAUCCUCCGGAACCAGCCGAGUCUAUGGUUCACGGUCGCGAAGUGCACGUUGCCAAGCAGAAACAGACUCAGAAAGAGAUCAAAGGCGACUUGGAGAUCACCAGGAAGAUAACCGCAACGGAAACCACCGAAGUGGAGCACAAAGCGAAGACUCAGGAGCGUAUCGUUCAGGGUCCGACGAAACCAGCCAAGCCGCCAGUCUUCACGAAGAAGAUACAACCUUGCAGAGCGUUCGAACAGGAGCAGGCACGAUUCGAAGUCGAGUUCGACGGAGAUCCACUGCCGACCAUCAAGUGGUACCGCGAAGACUUCCCCAUCCAGAAUUCUCCGGAUCUCCAGAUCUACACCUUCAGCACGAAAUCCGUGCUGAUCGUUCGUCAAGUAUUCAUGGAGGAUUCUGGAGUAUUCUCUGUCAUCGCUGAAAAUCGCGGUGGAAAAGCCAAGUGCAGUGCCAAUUUGGUGGUCGAGGAACGUAGGAGACAACCUGGAAGAGGAGAAGUGGUACCACCUAGCUUCCUGUCUACCAUUCAGAGUACCUCGGUUACUACUGGUCAAUUAGCUAGAUUCGACGCCAAGGUCACUGGAACUAAACCUUUGGACGUAUAUUGGUUGAAGAAUGGUAAGAAAGUGACCGCAGACAUCCGUUACAAGACACUCGAAGAAGACAAUACUUACACCCUGUUGAUCCUCGAGACAGUGCCAGAGGAUUCAGGCAAAUACGAGUGCGUUGCAAUAAACAGCGCCGGAGAAGCGCGUUGCGACGGUGAAUGCACGGUUCGAGGACCUCAGUCACCCGCGAAGGCGGCAAAACCGACGACGCCCGGCGUCGAAAAGGCGCCCACUGUUCUGGAGCCGUUGAAAGAUCAAACUAUAAGAGAGGGUACAUCCGUUGCCUUUGCGUGUAGGAUCACAGGGAAACCUGUACCCACGGUACAAUGGAAAAAAGGCGACAAGGUCAUCAAGCCAUCCAAGUACUUCCAAAUGCAGAAAGAAGGUGAUCUCUGUACCCUGAGGAUCUCUGAGGCCUUCCCCGAGGAUGAAGGUGUUUAUAAGUGCAUCGCCAAGAAUCCAGCAGGUGAUGUGACUACUUUGGCCAACCUCAGAGUUCUCGCCCCGGACGCAGCUGACAUUCUUCCCAAAUUGACGCCACUUAAGGAUCAAAUAGUUCUGGAAGGACAACCGGCACAGUUCAAGACUCAAGUUACUCCAGCUAAACUGAAGCCAACGAUACAAUGGUAUCGCGAAGGUGCCCUGAUACCUCAGUCACCUGAUUUCCAGAUGAUUCACGAAGGCAACAACGCCGUGUUGCUGAUAGCAACCACCUACGAAGAAGACACUGGCACUUUCACCUGCCGAGCUACCACGUCAGCCGGCACCGUAGAAACCUCCGCCAAACUCAUCGUCAAAAGUAAGAACUGAAUAAAAGAUACAAAUUCAAUUGCUAACAUGAGACGCGAUUGAAUCGACGGGAUAACCCUCUAGGGUGUGACGAAGAAACGCGUUCACGCUUGCGACGAUUUCUCGUGUACAUGAAAAAAAGAAAAGAAAAAAAAAACAA